AUGUCGGACAAGUUUGGCUCGUACGUGUCGUCGAAUGAGCGGCACACCCUGGAGACCAACCCCCGGCUCACCGUGUCGUACAGACCGACGAAGAAGCUCAAGUACUUGAUGCAUCAUGUGGCCAAGAUGCAAUUCAUUGAUGACAUCAAGUUCCACGAGAACAAGAAAAUCAUCGACCCAAACAGUCACUUUCAAUUUGUCUAG